GACAUUCUUUCAAGAUGUCCACGUGCUGCCAAAAGUUGCUACCACAACCCUACAUUGACGAUGAAAACAAGUCUUUGUCUCAACCAUUCAAGUUCAUCGGUUUUCCCUUAUAUUGUGUGCUUUUAUUCAUACUAUAUUGGUUCAUAUAUUGCCCACUGAUGUUCGUAAAAGUGUACCAUUAUUAUACUCUUCAUUCAAUCGCUGUGUGGCCUCCAGAGUGGCCGUACUAUUUUUGGAUAGUGGCGUUGGUGGUUUUUUUAAUCCUAGUAUCCAUUUUGGUAAUUUUGUGGAAAUGGUCGCCUAAAAGAGACAAUAAUUUAUUUCAAGUAAAUUACAUCGAAGGCGACAAAAUAUCUUUAACGCCCGAUCUCAACAAGAAACCUCAGAGUAAUUCGGACAUUGACAAGUGUGAAAAAUCGUUAAAUAUCGAAACAAAAGAAGAAACCGAGUUGAAACCGAUAUUCCAAAAAACGCCACUAAAACUGGAUCUUACACCCAAGGAAGAACAUAAAGUAGAAAAAUCGGGCGAAAACGUAACAACUCCAUUAACGCCGCGUGAAAUCUUUUUCUACGACUUAAUCGAAAGUGCGAACAAAUCUUUUAAUUCCUCCACAAAGUUAAAUGCGAAUAGAAAGAGCGAGCCAGAAGACACACACGAAUUCUUCAUAGCGAGUGUAUCUCCGAGCAAAACUUGCGUCUCAAAUGUGUUCCUAUUUGUUAAUCCUGAUGAUAAGGAACAAAGUUCAGGGCAAGAAAUUGUUAAAGAUGUCAAAUAUUUGUAAAUGCGAACCACCUGUUUAAAUAAAAUCACAGAAUUAUGUACUAUUGUUUUAUUUUCUUUUAAUUUGACAGAUGAAUGUUGUCUUCUGCCGAGCCAAGUACAAAUUCAGCUUCUUCAGCCGUCAAAUAAUCGGACCGUGUUGGCCUCUCCUCAAUUGGUACAGCAGAUUCUACCCCUACAGCUAGAAUUUAACAAUGACCCAGAAUGUCUUAUGGCUUCAACCGACUCAGGGACCACGCAGACUGUUGAUUCUAUUAGGCACUUGUACUUAGGGCGGACACCUAGAGCGAUUAAACAAUGUGUAAGGUGUGGAGGAUCCGCUGGAACUAUCCCUGUUACGAGAACGGCGGCUAUAAGAGCAUGGGACCAAAGAUGGCUUCGAUCUUGCCAAUGUGGAGGUUUGUGGAGAAUGCAAGUAUACACAUAAAUCAAGUUGGAAUUUUUAUGGAGGAUCUAUUAAAACGCUGUGAAGUGAAUUCGUUGUUACAGGGCCCAUAUUACUGACAUGUAUAUAAUGAAAGAUAAUUUUGUAUGAAUGAAGACUAUAAGACGUAUAAAAAUA